UGGGAAUUCGGUGAAGGCGAAGAUCGCCUAGACCCUAUUCCCAAACGGAGGGGUGAACCAGGUUACCGUAUAACUCAUUGUUUGUUGAUCUUUCUUUUAUUCGACUUUUUCUUGAAGUCUAACCCUUUGUUUUUACAGGCAAUAAGUUGAAGAGGAUUCUGACCUCGGCUAACGACGAAGUUCUUGCGGAAAUUAAGACUGCACUAAAGUACUUCAGCCGUCCAAACGUACAUAAGCAAGGGAGGGCCGCCCAUAUUCUCCUGCGGUACGAGCCUACCUAUACUACAUUCUCGGCCGCGGACGACAUUCCGAUCCCAACCGGCGAACAACACUUCACAGUUUUUGUCUUCCCCAGCUUCAAGACCGUCAAGCAAAUUGGUCUUGAAGCUUCUGAUUCGGAGCAAGACUUAGAGCCGGUGGUUGAAGUAGUUGCCGAAUCAAUGAAGGUGUUCGCUGCGGAGGCCGAAGAGGUUGACGAAGCUCUGAAAUCAGCGUUUGCGGCAGCUGGUCUUAACUAGCCUAACUCUCCGUCCACUUCAGGUCGGGCGGAGUUUUCUUUCGGAGAUAUUUUUACAAACUUGGGAGAUCUACCCAGAGUUUUUUCUGAAGGCAUGGCUGGAGAAAAUCUCACGCAGAUGGCGAGAAAAAGAAAUGUCGAGCGAAUGGCAGCCCGAAAGAAAGUCGAGGCCACUCGUUCUGAGCCUGCCCCGGUUGAAUCUUUACAACCGGUUACUGGAGAAAAAACGGCUCAAGUUGUUGUGGCUGAGAUAGAGGGGACUGAACAGCAGGUUACGGAAGAACGGCUGGUUUCAAAAGAGUAAGGCGAAAAACGUUCCACCAAGGGAGAGGUCGACUCAGAGGAUAGCCCUGCUGACAAACGGCCUCGCUUAGAGGAAUCCAACGUGGUUGUCCCUUUCGUUGUUCAACCAAAUAUCAAAGACAUGCCAAUCUCCUCUGACGCAUCUGCCAUGAAGGAUCCAACCAUGGCGUUGAGGUUGGCCGACUCAGUUUCGUUACCGGCUGACAAGGCCACCUUUCGAGAAGAGCCGGAUUUGGUAACUAUAGCGUUCGCUGCCCAGUCGGCCCUUCUGACGGUUGGAAGGAUAGUUGAACUAGGCCACCGGCAGCGUGAUGCCAUUGAAAGAAUUGGCCGCUUAAAGUUUGAAGUUGAAGGUGAAAGAAGUAGGGCCAAGUUCGAGGCGAUGAGAGCUGCAAUGGAAAGUGCUCGAGCCGAAGCUGAAAAGGAGAGGGCUCGGAUUGCUGACUAACUCAGAUCCGAAGCCGAGGAUAGGGCGAACGCGAGCGAGAAGUCUCUCAAGUUAGCCCAAGAGGCGCUUUCCAAGGCAGAGGCCGAGUUAGAAGAUUUGAAGGCGGCCAAGGAAAAAGCCAAAUCUGAAGCUUCCAAGGCGCUAGAGGCUGGGAAGAGCGCCGCCUUGAAGGAAUACGUAGAUGAAGUCCCCAAAUUCGAGAAUCGGGGAUUCAAACAUGGGUGGCUCAAAGCCCUUGC